CCCAAAUCACUACUCUACAGCGCAGCAUCAGUAUCUGCUAGCAAUCCAGAUAAACGACCCCUCUAUACGCCUUCAUACGUGUGGAAAUAUGUAACAAUAACAUAUUUUAUCGAAGACACAGACAGCACAAGUAAGUAGAUUUAGUAGCUAAUGGCGCACAUUUUAAAGUGCCGUCCUUUGUGUUCGUGUACCAAUUCUGGCCAUAUUAUUAUGGGAUGAUGAUGGCGGAUGAUACCCGUUAUUUCAGAUGGUCACCUAGCUACUGUGUAGCUAGCUAGCAAGGAGGCUAACCUAGCAAGGAGCCACCUAGCUUGCCUUUUAGUUGACUUAACGUUAGCUAAACCACAUAGCUGGUAUGCUAAAUUAGCAAUAAUACAGUAGCUAGCGCUUGUCAUGGCAUUUAAAUUGUUAUUGAUUGCUUGCUAAAUUAGUAACUAGCAAGAUAGCUGGAGAGGCCUAGCCAACUAAUGUUAGCUAGUAAAGUUAGCUAGCUAUAUAGCGUAGCGAUAUGUGUCAUAUCUCAUUGAUAAUGUACUGUAGCUAGCUAAUGGCGCAGUUAACAUUAGCUACCUAGCUUACUAGCUAGCUAUUUUCUAAGUUUGCUUUAAUGUGUCAACGUUAGGUAGUGAACUAGUUAGGCCGGGUAGCUAGCUACCUGGCUAGCUUGAUAACAUUACCUUUACCUCGCUAGCUAACUAACGUUAGUUAACGUUACAAUGUCAAACAGUUGGCUAGCCAGCCAGGUCACUUGUCUCUCAUAACUAAACUGACACAUCUCUCACACUGCUCAAUAGUUAUUAUCAACAUUCGAGUGAUCAGAUGGGCAAAGGUAUCUAUUUUCUCUCUAACCUUACCCUCCUCUAUUCCCCUCAGAGCUGCUGUAUAGUACCAUGGGUGGCCAUGAUGAUGAUGAUGAUGAUGUGUCUUAUCAUUUAGCCAACAACCAACAUCAAGAUGAAGUGCUGAAAAACAAAUUGAAUGACAGCGGCCUUUGGAGUGACCAAGAAUCCACUGGCGGCAACAAUGCUAAGUGGGUCAAGGAGGGCCAGAACCAACUGAGGAAAGUAGCUGAGAAACAUCAGGACCAGGACCAGAAUGGGAACCAGGAGGAUUUCUCCCCUCAUAACACCACUGACGAGCAGCAGCAGAGAAACGACGAGCAGACCAAAGCUCCCAAGACCACCAAGACCCUGGGCUUGAAGGAAGAGGAGUCCAAGACCAUUCUCAAGGAGCCACUACUCAUCGACACUCUACUGUCUGCAGAGGAUAAAGAGGGUGAGGGCGAAGAAGGCGACAAAGAGAAGGAAGAUCAAUCUGAGGCAGAUGAAGAGGCCUGCAGUCUUAUAGAUGAAGAGAGGAAGUCCGAGCAGAGUAAUGUGGAGGCUGAAAGAGAGGGAGGUGGGGUGGCUAGAAAUCCCUGUCUGCUGUUCUCUAAUGUAAAUGGAACACCAAGUGAUGAAGAAACCAACUGGCCAGCACUGUCUCAGGACAGCACUGUUGAAAGCCCUCCAAAUGGAAACAAAGGUAAGGGCGGGUUUGUUGAAAUCAGUUGUGUGACUUUUGUUGGAGUAAUAAUGAUUAUUGUCUAGUCUAACAUAAGUGCUUCUCAGGUUGCAUGCGACGUAAGCAGACUCCUCGUUCUAACCCUCCCCUUCUCUCCACACAGAGUCCUUCUGGGACUCUGAGGCCUUUGAGGCGGACACAGACCUGCCCUCUGGGUGGAUGCGGGUUCGAGACACCUCAGGCACCUACUACUGGCACAUCCCUACUGGCACUACUCAAUGGGAGCCCCCCUCCCCUCUGGACAAGGUGGGAGACUCCAUGAUGUCCUCCAGUAUGUCCCUGGAGACAACACCCUGUGAGGAAGAGCUUGAGGUGAGCUCUUACCCAUAGGCCUUAGGGAUGAUUUGUGAAGUUUCUGUUCUGAGAAGUCUUAGAUCAAUGCUCUCCCAAUUUAGAAUAUUUGGAGAAGAAGAGGCAUCAUGUUUUUGUCUGACUCUCCUAGGAAACAUGGGGAGACCUCUCUAACCCAGAUGAAGGGACUAGUGAUGGAGAGCUGUGGAAGGUAAGAGACAGCUUGAAUAUUAAAAUAAGUACUAAUGAGAAUCUGGACAUGGUCAAGCCCUCAUAUUCAGGAUAUCCUUUACCAAAAGGGCAACACUGACACCACAGUAAAAAGAGAAUAUAAUUAUUUUAAUAUAUAUUUUAAAUAUUUUUUUAUGUCUCAGAUUAUUCAUUGAAAAACAUAAUUUGUAACAUACACUCAACAUAAACCCUCACCACAGACUCUGCGGAUAAAUCAUUAUUAUGUGGGAAAUAGUUGACAUGGAAACAGAAGAAAAAGUAGGGUUACGUUUUUUUACUGUCUUGGCGUUUCCUAAGGGACAGAAGCAGAGCACUACGCUUCAAUAGCCAAAAUAAUACAUUCUGCCAAUAACAGAGCACUUUAAAUUUCCCAGCUUCAACCCUCAAUAUUUCAGUUUUAGAAACAGUGGAUUUUAGAAGGCAGCACAUCUGGAUCUUGAUCAACUUGGUGAUAAUGAAUUGACAAAUUCUUUGUCUUUUUUGUGAUUGCAGGAGGGAGAGGUGGCUUCUGACCAGAGCCUGAAGGAGUUUGAAGGGGCAACCCUGCGCUAUGCAUCCAUCAACCUGAAGUAAGUCAUGUGGUAGCUUAUCACAUAACGUACUAUCUCAUUCUCAGCCAAAACAGUCUCUCUUAAACCCUCCAUUCUUUCUCUUAUUCUUUCUCAAACUAUACCUGACUGGUAACUGUCUUGUAACUCUCUUGUAGCUGUUCCCAAUCCGAGGGAGAGGUGAACCUUGAUCCCCAUGGCACUGACCUGGAUGCUAAGGUACAUUCAAAUUAACUUACAUUUACUCUCACUAAAGCACUGAGGCAGGAAGACUGUAGUCAUCUGUCUGUCCCUUCCCUGUCAUCAUACAACUACUCUUCCCUUUCCUAAUUUGACUGCGUCUGUCGGUUUAUUCCUCUCACUCUCUCCGGCCCAUCCUGUGUUCUCUCUGGCCUCUAUUUGCUAUGCCAGUAUUUUGCUGUGCGUUCUCUGGGCUGGGUGGAGAUGUCUGAAGAUGAUAUGGCACCGGGGAAGAGCAGCGUGGCUGUCAACAACUGCAUCAGACAGCUGUCCUACCACAAACACAACCUCCACGACACUGCUGGCAUCUGGGGAGAGGUGAGUCGGAGGACCAGAACUACAGGAAGGGACUGGGGUGGGCUCUUCCUGUCUGGGGGAAGAGCCUAGGGAUGGGGUUCAUGUCUGGCCGAGACCCUCUUUUUACCUUGCUUUGUCUUUUUUUACCCAGAAACUGAAGCAAUUACCUCUCACAGUUACUGCUAUUCCCUGCAGCUGCUAUGUGUUGAACAUCAGAGUAAUUAUAGUCAUCCAUAUGCACCACUGCUUGGGAAUGUCUCUUAAUCUAAAACAGGAUCAAGUCUAACCACUGUUUUCUAGAAUAUUAUCAGUUGUAGCACAGAUGGGCACAUUCAAAUGUAAUUUGGUUGAUCGCUAAGCCAUUCAAUUUGCUAUGCAUGGUGGUGCUUCAGGAGGAUAGUGAUAUGUUUGUGUUGUGUUAUCAGGGUAAGGACAUGCUGAUGGUCCUGGAGAAUGACACUAUGAAUCUGAUCGACCCACUGGGCCAGACUCUGCUGCACUCCCAGCCCAUCGCCAGCAUCCGCGUGUGGGGCGUGGGUCGAGACAACGGCAGGUCAGUGUCCACUAGUCAGUCACCGUUUGGCACCACAUCUGGAGGUUGUAAAGCACUGAACAACUGUGGCAGUCACAUUAAGUGGUGUAGCUACACAGGCAGCCCAAUUCUGAUAUUUUUUCCGCUAAUUGGUCUUUUGACCAAUCACAUCAGACUUUUUGACAUCCGAUCUUUUUAGAGCUGAACUGAUUACGGUAGUCAAAAGACCAAUUUAAUGAAAAAAUGAUCUGAAUUGGGCUGCCUGUGUAAAUGCAGCCUAUGAGCCCUAACAGAGGACUUACAUUCCUUACAAACCCCACUUGGCAAUGGCAUGCUCAAAUACAGAACUGCAAUCCUGAGACACCACUGGCCUAUGGUGGGCUGUCCAUGGUAUUGCAAUAACACCACUGGCCUAUGGUGGGCUGUCCAUGGUAUUGCAAUAACACCACUGGCCUAUGGUGGGCUGUCCAUGGUAUUGCAAUAACACCACUGGCCUAUGGUGGGCUGUCCAUGGUAUUGCAAUAACACCACUGGCCUAUGGUGGGCUGUCCAUGGUAUUGCAAUAACAUUUCCUUUCAAGGCACUGACAUUCACUACAAAUCUGAUUUUAAUUUUCUACUUAAGCAAUAAGACACGAGAGGGUGUGGUAUAUGGCCAAUAUACCACGGCUAAGGGCUGUUCUUUCGCACGACGCAACGCUGAGUGCCUGGAUACAGCCCUUAGCCGUGGUAUAUUUGCCAUAUACCGCAAACCCCAGAGGUGCCUUAUUGCUAUUAUAAACUGGUUACCAAUGAUGUUAGAGCAGUAAAAAUAAAUGUUUUGUCAUACCCGUGGUAUACAGUCUGAUAUACCACAGCUGUCAGCCAAUCAGCAUUCAGGGUUUUAACCACCCAGUUUAUAAUAGUGUUUUUGUAAUAACUGUGAUUAACUGAUCAUUAUUUAUUUUCAUGCUGCAUUUCGCUGCCCUAUACAGGGAAAGGUAUUGUACAGAUAUGAUUAUUUGCAGUUCUUCUUGAUCUUUAUGCUCUCAUGUCCCAUGGUGUUUAUCCAACAUAUAGUUUAAUUGAUUGUAUUUUCAUAUCUAACAUGAUUGCAUGCAAUACUUUUUGUUUUGCCAGUUUUUCUUGUGGGUUGUUAUCAUUAAAGUUAGAGAAAUGCAUGGGUUCAUGUAGCAGUAUGUAAAUGGUGUACUUUUCUGUAUUUGUUACAACAGAGACUUUGCUUAUGUAGCGCGAGACAACCUGACCCAGGUCCUCAAGUGUCAUGUGUUCCGCUGUGACUCACCUGCCAAGAACAUCGCCACCAGUCUGCAUGAGAUGUGCUCCAGGGUGAGGCUCCCAUGUUUCCCAUGUAAUCCCAUGUUUCCCAUGAGAUGUGCUCCAGGGUGAGGCUACCAUGUUUCCCAUGUAAUCCCAUGUUUCCCAUGAGAUGUGCUCCAGGGUGAGGCUCCCAUGUUUCCCAUGUAAUCCCAUGUUUCCCAUGAGAUGUGCUCCAGGGUGAGGCUCCCAUGUUUCCCAUGUAAUAUACUAUUUCCUCUGGAAUUACUCAUUUCACGAUGACCUGAACAUGUCUCUCCCUACAUUCAGAUAAUGACAGAGAGGAAGCUAUCCAAGCCAUUUCUGAGCAGGUACAAUUAUGACCAGUGCAAACCCAUGGAGAUUCCUGCUCAAGGUAACCCCUGUGAUAGUUCUAGAGUUCAUUUUAUAACAGAAGCAAGACACCAGACACUAACUCCAUCUUCUUCCUCUGCAGAGUUUCCCGUUCCAAAAAAUGAGAAUUUCCUACAUUUCCUUGUGUAUUACCUUGGUAACGUACCUGUGACCAAGCCUGUAGGUAAGGGACGCAUGGGUAAGGAAAUAUUUUAUUUACUUGGUAGUUAGGUAAAUAUAUCUAGCUGUGCAGUAAAACAUCUGGCUGUGCUUUGUGUGGGACUGUGCUUUGCUUCACUGCAUACAUGGCUAGCUAGCUACUCCCAUGCAGUUUACCUUGCCUUAUGGAUACUGUUAACAGUAUAACUUUCUCAUCUCCUAGGUGUGGACACAAUCAAUGAUGCUUUGGAGGCUGCAACGAACAGCACAAGGAAGCAGGAUUGGACCCCCGUCUCUGUCAACGUGGCCCCUGCCACUCUCACCAUCCUCACCAGAGAGGUAGUUACUAAUGAACCCAUCCACAACAUCAUCUCUGUUACACACAGACAGUUAGUAGGAGUCAUGUGAGUAUGUCUCUCUCCUGACUGUGCUGUGUGUCCCCCUGUCCUCCCCAGACUGAGGAGGUGUUGUCAGAGUGCCGGGUGAGGUUCCUGUCCUUCAUGGGCGUGGGAAAGGACGUCCACACCUUUGCCUUCAUCAUGGCAGAGGGCCCUGGGGACUUCAUCUGUCACAUGUUCUGGUGUGAGCCCAACGCUGCCAGCCUGAGUGAGGCGGUGCAGGCCGCCUGCAUGGUGAGUCACCAGACUGGACAGUGGACUCCAUUAUUGAUUAAUCAGUGGUCUAGAGAGACGGGCAAGAGGAUGAUAUGUUGUCUAUAAUAUGGAACAUUUCAUUAAUAAAUGCCUGUUUCCUUGAAUGGUAUUGAUGCAUUUUAGUAUCUCUACUGAUGUAGUCCUGCUGUAUGUCUGUGUCCUGUCCACAGCUGCGCUACCAGAAGUGUCUGGACGCGAGGCCUCCCAGCCUGGGCUCCUGCCUGACCACUCCCCCUGCUGACUCCAUGGCCCGCCGGGUCAGGAUGGGGGUCCAGAGUCUGCUGGGAAGCUUCAAGCAGUACAGGUCAGGGUCCCAGUCCCCCUGAGUAGAAGAGAGAAGAUCUACUCCCCACCAACACUAACCCAUCCCAGCAGCUUCCUCUCUCUCUCUCUCUCUCUCUCUCCUCCUCUCCUCUCUCCUCUCCUCAUUCCUCGCUCUCCUCUCCUCUCUCUCCUCUCUCUCCUCUCUCUCUCGUCUCUCGCUCUCUCUUCCCUCUCCUCUCUCUCUCCUCUCUCUCUCUCUCCUCUCUCUCUCUCUCCUCUCUCCUCUCUCUCUCUUCUCUCUCUCUCUCUCCUCCCCCCCCUCCCCCUCUUUCCUUCGGCCUUACACUCCUUUUGGCCUUCCGUAGAGAUAGUCCUGUCAUUAGUGGCAUGGAGUUAUAUGUAACUGAGGAAAUGGCUUACUUACUAGUGAUUGCGAGUGGUUUUUCUAUACAUCUACUGCAUAACUCUCUUUUUGCUUUGUACUCAAACUGAAUGAGCCCUGACAACGGCCCAUUGUUUGUCCUGUUGCUGGAAUUUAAUCUGUUUGUCACUAUUUUUGUGUUUUAGCAGAAACCAUGUCUGGCAGGAAGUAUUUGUAUGAUGGGAUGUAACUACAUGUUUCUUCACAGUAGGAAGUUAGGAGGAUUCCACACAGAAAUACAUCUCAUUUCUUCCUCAGUGCAAUUAUGGUCGAGUCAUGGGGCCAUGCUCCUCCCCCAAACUCCUCCCCAAAAAGUAACAGCACCUCUUUUUUUCUACUGGUGUCUAAAGAAGGUCAUGCAAUCACUGUUGAGCCUAGUAUAGUAGAGUCUCCUGAUGUUUGUUUUACCCUGUACACUCCUCAGCCUCUCUCCUCCUGCCCAACUGAGGUUCUAAGAGCCCAGGUACAGUGUCACCUAGAGAGCUUUAUGUUCCCCACUGCAAACAGUGUGUUUUAGUCUUCCAUUUAAAGAAGUGAGUAAUUAUGUGUCACGUCGUAGUGAACAACCACUGAUUUCGGAGUGUACUGUAGUUGCGUUUCCCAUACAUUUGCAUGAACAUUUGCAAGUUCAGUGCUUCUGUGCAAUAAUCAGACUUUCCUGUAUGUGGUGGUGGUAGAAUGGCUUGCCAGGCUUCCAUAGGCUUAUAUAGCAGCACACACUGUGCUGUGGUUUCUUUCAUGUGGGGGCCUGGCUAGGCUAUCUGACUAGGGCUUGGCCAACAAAAAGAGGCAAUGUUGAAAAUAGAUUUCUGGUCAUGGAAAAGUGACCUAGAAAAUACAACAGCUCAAGGCCUGAGUUUUCUAUCUGAGUCAGUCAACCACAGCUGGUACCCACCACCACUAAAUAGUACUGUAGGACCACACUGCAUGUUUUAAUAGCUUAGAGGAAUAACAAGGGUAAUAUCUGCCUGCAGCGGUUUAGUACUGAACUCUUUGUUAUUGUAACAUACUAGAUGUGUGCUACUGUAUGGUAAAGGGGGGGCUGUAUUCUGUACCUGUUAAGUGUUUGUAAGGCAUGUCACUAGCCUGUAUCCGUGUCUAUCAAUAUAUAAGCUAGCUAGUAGUAGAUUAGUUGUCACUGUCAGGUCCUUUCCACUGAGUAGCUGAGAGCAGGUCAGUAUCUGUCUCCCUUAGUCACUGCCCUGGGACAGGGAUAACAUUGAGAGAGUGACUCCAAUGGUUUGCAUUUAUGAUUUUAUUUAUAUUUUUUGUUUAUUUUAAUUUUUUACCACUUUUUGCUCUGUUUGGACCCUGGUCCCUCUAAGUAACGUAUUUUGUAUUGCUUUCAUACACUAUAAUGGAUACUACUGAGGAGCAGUUGCACAUUUGCUCAUUAUUGAUUGAUUGAUUGUAUUAGAGAACACAAGUCAGACUAGUUGUGGUUUUUAUGUAAAAAAUAAAUAAAAAAUUAACUGUGUUUGUCAGAAGUAUUUAGUGCAAUAGUUAGUUGACCUAUAACUAAAUGAAACAUGUCAAAUAUAGAAACACUAUCUGGAAUUAGACUGGAUUGUUUAAUACUAUACUGUAACUCCUGUUCACUUAUCAUUGUGCUCCUUUUUCUAAUUCUGUUAUGUUAGUACUUCCAAGGUCAACAUUAAAAACAAGAUGAAUACUGGAACACUAGCUGAUACAUUUAUUUAACAAUUUAUGUAAAUUAGGUGUAUAAAAUGUAUCUGUAUAUAAAAGUCCCUGCACAAGAAAUAAAUGUGAACAUAUCUUAUUUUUUGUUGGGGCGUUUUCUUAGUGGAAGAAUUUGCAUGGUUUUGGUAUGAGGUGGCUGAGUGAAGCCAUGUGGAUUGGAGAGAUUGUAUUCCAAAAGGCAGUUGUGGAUUAGCUCCGUCUGUAAAUUGUCUCCUUUCGUAACCGGUGGUAGAACCACAGAAAUCCUCCAUUUUCAAUCAAUGGUUUUUAUCUGACAUUCCUGGGAAUCCCAUUAAAAUGGAAGCAAAGCCAGACCAGGCAGGCUGUCUAGUCCUUUGCAUAUGUAUGAAACUUGCUGACAUUGGUUUUACCAUAUGUAUAGUCCCGUGUAGCUCAGUUGGUAGAGCAUGGUGUUUGCAACGCCAGGGUUGUGGGUUCGUUUCCCACGGAGGACGAGUAUGAAAAAAAAAAAUGUAUGCACUCACUAACUGUAAGUCACUCUGGAUAAGCGCGUCUGCUAAAUGACUAAAAUGUAAAAUGUAUUGUGAGAGGUGCAAGCAUAGAGAUAGACAGAGGACUCAUCUUUGUAUCUGUGCCAUUCUAGUGUCUGUGACAGCAUGGGCAGCGCCAUUGAGCCGAUCUCCAUUUUUAAGUAGUCCAUUUUCUUCUUCACGAUUGGCUGAUUACUCAUGAUGACCCGGUUGGAUAUGACUCCAACAGGGUCACCAGGAGGGAUCAGCCAAUGAAGUUGGAAGUCCCACCAAGUUGACUACAUUAAAAUGGUGGAAGCCCUCAAUGGCGCUGCCCAUGCUAGUAAGGCCUUUUGGCCACUAAAGGCCUCUAUCAUUCUCUGUUGGUACAAGGCCCAUGCAUGAAUAAUAUGCAGAGGUCACCCCAUGUCACCUGUUCAUUCAUGACUGUAUGCUGCUUCCUCCUGGUGUAUUCAAAAGGCCUAGGGAGGGAUGCUGUAUAUAGGCUGGUUAUUGUUUCCAUGGGAGAUAGCUUUGCAGAUGAAAGGUGCACAUCAAGUGGUCCAGGCCCAGACGUGUAAUGGACUCUCCGUCUGUACGAGGAUACCUCUCCUAUUCCCUGACAGCGGGACUGCACUGCUGUGCUGUGGGACUCUUCAAGGGCUUGGCGGUUAUCGGGUCCUUUUUAAGGGAUCGGCCAGCUUCCAGCCACAUUCACACUGGGUUGGUUGUGUGUUUGGGGUUUUGCUUGUGUUCCCUCGUCCCUAACUUUUACAAUGUACUGUAGUUUGAUUAAUUUGAGGUGUGCUGGCUCACAGUGGGAGGGUGUCCGAGUUCAGUGUGUUGUUGAUGGAGGUGACCCAUAUCAAAGUCCUGUUACCCUCCGCUACCUCCACCCAGAACUGGGGUUAUUUUAGCGUAUACUUCAGAAUGCUCAAACAACAUGCUAUAGAUUUGAUCUUGGUUAUUAUUAAGUACUGUAGAAAAUUAUUUUUAUUUGACAUAAGUCCUUACAUGAAAAUGUAAGGAAAUAUAAUUAUUUCUGUCUCUGAUUUUCCUCUAUCCUCAAAUGUAUUCAUAUUGUUCCAUAUGAUUCUGACUGUGCGGUGGUAUGUUUUUUAGCCAUCCAUGCUUAAAUCUCAUCCUUGUGUCUCUUUAUUCUACCUUUCCUAUCAUGCUGAAACACAUUUCUAAAGGAUAUUCAACAUGUGUGAGUGUAUGUGACUAGAUGUGUUUAUUCACAUGUGCCUGCGAUAAUCUUUCACACCCACUAUGUGUCAAUCCCAAUUUAAAGGAAUUCGGCUCACGGAGAAAAUAAUCACAAUUAUAAUUAUUUCUAUAAUUAUGCAUACGGCAUUUGUGUAAUGGAGAUUUUUUUGAGUUAAUGUUAGUCUGACAAAUCCCAUGGAGAUUCACUGCUCAAGGUAACCCCUGUGAUAGUUCUAGAGUUCAUUUUAUAACAGACGCAAGACACCCAGACACUAACUCCAUCUUCUUCCUCUGCAGAGUUUCCCGUUCCAAAAAAUGAGAAUUUCCUACAUUUCCUUGUGUAUUACCUUGGUAACGUACCUGUGACCAAGCUGUAGGUAAGGGACGCAUGGGUAAGGAAAUAUUUUAUUUACUUGGUAGUUUAGGUAAAUAUAUCUAGCUGUGCAGUAAAACAUCUGGCUGUGCUUUGUGUGGGGACUGUGCUUUGCUUCACUGCAAUACAUGCGAGCUAGCUACUCCCAUGCAGUUUACCUUGCCUUAUGGAUACUGUUAACAGUAUAACUUUCUCAUCUCCUAGGUGUGGACACCAAUCAAUUGAUGCUUUGGAGGCUGCAACGAACAGCACAAGGAAGCAGGAUGGACCCCCGUCUCUGUCAACGUGGCCCCUGCCACUCUCACCAUCCUCACCAGAGAGGUAGUUACUAAUGAACCCAUCCACAACAUCAUCUCUGUUACACACAGACAGUUAGUAGGAGUCAUGUGAGUAUGUCUCUCUCCUGACUGUGCUGUGUGUCCCCCUGUCCUCCCCAGACUGAGGAGGUGUUGUCAGAGUGCCGGGUGAGGUUCCUGUCCUUCAUGGGCGUGGGAAAGGACGUCCACACCUUUGCCUUCAUCAUGGCAGAGGGCCCUGGGGACUUCAUCUGUCACAUGUUCUGGUGUGAGCCCAACGCUGCCAGCCUGAGUGAGGCGGGUGCAGGCCGCCUGCAUGGUGAGUCACCAGACUGGACAGUGGACUCCAUUAUUGAUUAAUCAGUGGUCUAGAGAGACGGCAAGAGGAUGAUAUGUUGUCUAUAAUAUGGAACAUUUCAUUAAUAAAUGCCUGUUUCCUUGAAUGGUAUUGAUGCAUUUUAGUAUCUCUACUGAUGUAGUCCUGCUGUAUGUCUGUGUCCUGUCCACAGCUGCGCUACCAGAAGUGUCUGGACGCGAGGCCUCCCAGCCUGGGCUCCUGCCUGACCACUCCCCCUGCUGACUCCAUGGCCCGCCGGGUCAGGAUGGGGGUCCAGAGUCUGCUGGGAAGCUUCAAGCAGUACAGGUCAGGGUCCCAGUCCCCCUGAGUAGAAGAGAGAAGAUCUACUCCCCACCAACACUAACCCAUCCCAGCAGCUUCUCUCUCUCUCUCUCUCUCUCUCUCUCUCUCUCUCUCUCUCUCUCUCUCUCUAUCUCUUCCUCUCUCUCUCUCCUCUCUCUCUCUCUCUCUCUCUCUCCCCCCCUCCCCCUCUUUCCUUCGGCCUUACACUCCUUUUGGCCUUCCGUAGAGAUAGUCCUGUCAUUAGUGCAUGGAGUUAUAUGUAACUGAGGAAAUGCUUA